AUGGCUAAGCCAGCUUCCUUGUUCUCUCUGUUUCUGAGUUUUCUUCUGCUCUUCCAUGGCUGCAUUGCUCGGCAACGAGGACAGCAGCAGCAAAGUGAGUGCCAAAUCCAGAGACUCACCGCCCUCGAACCCAGAGAAUAUGUCCAAGCAGAAGCCGGCGUAACCGAGUUGUGGGACUCGAGGAAUGAGCAACUCCAGUGUGCUGGGGUGUCGGUUAUUCGCCAUACUAUCCAACCCAGAGGCCUUCUUUUGCCCUCUUACACCAACUCACCCCUACUUGUCUACAUUGUCGAAGGUCGGGGUAUUCAUGGGGUUAUUCUGCCUGGUUGUCCCGAAACCUUCCAAUCAUCCCAGCAAUCUCAGCAAGAACGAGCAGAACGAGAAGGCCAGAGUUUCCAGGAUCGCCAUCAGAGAAUCAGACACCUUCGACAGGGUGACUUUGUGGCAUACCCAGCUGGGGCAGCACAUUGGGUGUACAAUGACGGUGAAAGAGAUCUUAUUGCCGUUGUUUUGCUUGACACCGGCAACAAUGCCAACCAGCUUGAUCGUGAUCCUAUUAGAUUCUUUAUUGCCGGAAACCCAGAUCGAGAACAAAAACAACAACAACAACAACACGGUCGUCACAGUGGCCAAGAAGGGGGUUUUGGCAACAUUUUCCGCGGCAUUGAUGUUCAGACAUUGGCGGAGGCAUUUAGAGUGGACACAGAGACAGCACAAAAGCUUCGAGGUGAAGACGACCAGAGAGGCCACAUUGUAAGAGCUGAGCGAGGGCUUUCAGUAGUCCAGCCACCAUUGAGCAGGGAAGAACAAGAACGGGGAGAGCGUGGAAAUGGCUUGGACGAGACUAUCUGCAGCACAAGGCUCCAAGAGAACCUAGAAAAUCCCUCUCGUGCCGAUAUAUACAAUCCACGAGCAGGUCGCCUUAGCACCCUCAACAGCCUCACAAUGCCCGUUCUCAAAUUCCUCCAACUUAGUGCUGGGAGGGGAGUUCUCUACAAGGUAAGGAUAUUAGCCCAUUCCGAAAUCCAAUCUCUUUGCAAUUUUAGGUGUUCAUUUUAA